AUGCUCACUUUAGUCACCUUCUCGUCCCUCUGGGCGCGUCUCUUCGCGAAGCGUGAAACCAAGGUUCUGAUUCUUGGGCUGGAUAAUGCGGGCAAGUCCACAAUCUUGUACCGCAUCACAAUGGGCGCGGUUGUCGCGUCGGCACCAACGGUCGGGUCGAACCACGAGAUCUACGAGUACAAGGGCGUCCGAUUCGGCCUGAUUGAUUUGGGCGGGCAGAGCAGCUUGCGCACAACGUGGAACCAGUACUUUGCCGACACGGCCGCGAUCAUCCUUGUAAUCGACUCCAACGACCCUUCGCGCUUGUCACUCGCAAAGGCCGAAUUGCAGAAGCUGGUCAAUGCCGAAGAGCUGGGCACUGCCCUCUUGCUCGUCCUGGCCAACAAGCAGGACCUGCCUGCCGCCGAGGGUCGACUCACUCCCGCGCAAGUGUCUGAAGGGCUAGGCCUCACGGACCUCCGUGAGCGCGAGUGGCAAAUCAUGGGCUGCUCGGCACUGACCGGCAACGGUCUCAUGGAGGGCAUGGACUGGCUCGUCACCAAGCUCGAGCAGCGCUAG